GCUGAACCGGCCAACCAACGCGCCUGCCUGGCUAAGGAGGCGCAAGCAGGAUGGCGGCGGCGGCGGUGGCCCCGGCUGCAGGGGCCGCCGAGAAGGAGGCGAGUCAGGAGAGCAGCCUGGGCGCCUAUUCGCCCGUGGAUUAUAUGAGCAUCACCAGCUUCCCCCGCUUGCCCGAAGAGGAGACGGGCAGCGCCAUCGCCCCCGAGAGCUGCCUGCGCUCCAGGAAAGAGGAGGAUGCCUUCCUGGCAGAGCAGGACACCGACCCCGAUUUGUUCCUUAAAUCAGCUCGCCUCCAGCGCCUGCCUUCUUCUUCAUCAGAAAUGGGAAGCCAGGAUAUCUCACCACUUCGGGAGACCAGCAAGGAUCCCUUCUCUGGGGACUGCAGCUGUCGUCAGGAUGGUCUGACUGUGAUCAUCACUGCCUGCCUAACAUUUGCUACAGGAGUCACGGUGGCCUUAAUCAUGCAAAUCUACUUUGGGGAUCCCCAGAUAUUCCACCAGGGUGCUGUAGUCACUGAUGCUGCUCGCUGCACCGCCCUGGGGAUUGAGAUACUGAACAAGCAAGGAUCCUCAGUGGAUGCAGCUAUUGCCUCAGCCUUAUGCUCAGGAAUUAUCAACCCUCACACAGCUGGCAUUGGCGGUGGAGGGGUAAUGCUGGUUCAUGACAUCAAGAAGAAUGAAAGCCAGGUUGUUGAUUUCCGAGAAACCGCCCCCUUCAACAUCCAAGAAGACGGACUUAGCAAGUUUUGGGAAACAAAGCCGGGUCUCUUGGUGGGUGUUCCAGGAAUGAUCAAAGGACUCUAUGAAGCACAUCAGUCUUUUGGGAGGCUGCCAUGGAGACAGUUGUUGGGCCUUGUUGCAGACAUAGCUCAAAAUGGAUUCAAUGUCACAUAUGAUUUAGCAAUGGCUAUCAAAGAAAUGAAGGAACACUACAACCAUUCAGAAAAAUUCAGAGAAAUCUUCUUUCCUGAUGGGCAACCUUUGUUGCCAGGAAUGUUUGUGAGAAGACCAGAUCUAGCAGCUCUUUUGGACUUGAUUGGAUCAAGAGGAGUGUCAGCUUUUUAUAGUGGAAAUGUGACACAAGAAAUUAUUUCAGAGGUCCUUAAAUCUGGAGGUACUUUGUCUGAAGAGGACUUUACCAACUACACUGUGUUGGUUGAAAAUCCAGUUCAUACAAUAUACCAAGGACAUCUUGUUCUGAGUCCACCACCUCCACACACAGGUCCUGCUUUGAUCACAGCCCUAAACAUCCUUGAGGGAUUUAAUAUUACCAGUCAAGUAGGCAGGGAAAUUAUUCUGCAUUGGAUAACAGAGACCUUAAAAGUUGUGUUGGCAUUAGCUAGCAGUUUGGGAGAUCCUUUCUACGAUGCAUCCAUUUCCGACAGCGUGGAAGAUAUGAUGAGUAAAUCUAAAGCCAAUUUCCUGCAUCAGCAGAUUGAUUCCCAGGUUUUUCCCUCUGAUCUUCACAUCCCACAUUUCUCUAUUGAAAGUGGCCCUUCAGCUAGCCAAGUCCUUGUCAUGGGACCUGAUGAUUACAUUGUUGCUGUUGUAAGUUCCUUGAAUCGACCAUUUGGAAGUGGAAUAAUGACUUCUUCAGGAAUCCUUCUAAACAGCCAGAUGUUGGAUUUUUCUUGGAUGAAUGAAACAGAGGACCAUUCCUCUUCCAACUUGAGGAAUUUGAUUCAACCUGGGAAACGGCCUUUGUCUUUCUUACUACCCACUAUUGUUCGGCCAUCAGAAGGGAUGUGUGGAACUUACCUGUGCUUGGGAGCCAGUGGUGGAGAUAAGGCUUUAAGCAGCAUUAUGCAGAUUUUAAUAAAUGUUUUGGCAUAUAACAAAAAUCUAAGUGAGAGUCUAUCACUUGGACGGCUUCACCCUCAGCUACAAUCAAAUAUUCUAGAAGUUGACAGUGAGUUUCCAGAAGAAGAUAUCAGCUAUUUUACAACCAGAGGUGAACAUGUAAAGAAAGUUGAGGUCCUCUCUAUAGUUCAUGGAGCCAGAAGAACAAACAAUUUCAUAAUUGGUAUGAAAGACCCAAGAAGUGUGGAUGCAGCAGGAGCAACAAUAUUAUAGCAACUCUCAGAUGAGUUUGUUCCUCCAAAAAAAAAGGCUUUCCCCC